AAUGGAAAUAUCCAUAUUAAAUUUGUAAGUGCAUAGUUUGUAUACCCAUGAACCCAGAACUGGAACCUCCUUGAGCAUCAUGCAAAAUUUAAACAACUUCUGAGCUUGGCAGAGGGAUGCAGGUUAAGUGUUAGCUCCGUAUUUCUGUGGAAAACAAGCCUUUCUUCAGUGCUGUGAGAAAAGGGAAGGUGUGAGAUGUUACUUUCACAGCACAGGCAAAAGACAAUUCCCUGUGACGCUGAGUAUCCUGUCACCGACAACUACGCAGAUCAACCAACCAAGCAUCUCCUGUUGAGGCAAGGAAGCAUGCGAAGAGAGCAGACAGAGGAGAACCCUAACAAAGAUGUGGUAAGCCUUGGAACUUAAAAUCCAGCCCCAUACAAAGGAAAAGGAACAGACUUUCACAGGAAGAGUGGAAGUACUAAGGUUGUGGGAACUGUCACCGUGAGAGAUGGACCUACAGCACGGAAGCUGUGAAGAGAUAAGCCCACCAGCUCUCAUACAUACGUGCUGCACAUCUGCCCUCGGAUGGUGCCGGGCAGAUAACCCGCAGCCGGCGGCAUCUCGAUAGGCCCCAUGGGACGCCCCUGCGCAGAAGCCACCGCCUGUCACCCUCGCAGCUAUCCCCACCCGCACCUUCACCCCCCCCCCGGGGCCCACCCCAGCCCCGCCGCCAUCUCGCGGCGCAGCCCUGCCCCCGCUGCGGGCGGGCCCCGUCACACCACGCUGCUGACGCCUCCCCGACCGCCAGCCCGGCUGCUGCCACCGCCUCCUCCCCGCCGAGCCCCCCUGGGCCCCGGCCAAACCCCUCCCCCGUCUGCAGCAAGUGGCAGCGGGAGAAGGGCGGCGGCGCUGCCAUCACGUGAGGCCCCGCCGAGCGCUCCGUGCCUGCGCCGCUUCGUCCGCCGCCGACGCCGGCCCCUCCCGUCCCGCCGCGACCCCGCGGCCUCGCCCCUCGCCGCCAUGCCCAGCAGCGAGGCGGUGCCGCUGGGGCUGGGCGCCUGCCACAGGUCGGGGGCGCUGGCCGGGAUGCUGGCGCUCGUGGCGCGGGUGCUGGAGUGGCUGCGCUCGUUGUUCUGGAAGGAGGAGAUGGAGCUCACGCUGGUGGGGCUGCAGUAUUCGGGGAAGACCACGCUGCUCACCGUGCUGGCGUCAGGGCAGUUCACAGAAGAUAUGAUUCCUACAGUAGGCUUCAAUAUGAGAAAAAUAACAAAAGGAAACGUUACCAUAAAGGUAUGGGACAUUGGAGGGCAGCCAAGGUUUCGAAGCAUGUGGGAGCGUUAUUGCAGAGGAGUCAAUGCAGUUGUUUACAUGGUGGAUGCAGCAGACUUGGAAAAAGUAGAAGCUUCAAAGAAUGAGCUGCACAGUUUGAUAGAUAAACCACAAUUGCAUGGAAUUCCAGUGUUAGUCCUUGGAAAUAAAAGAGACCUCCCAGGUGCACUGGAUGAAAAGCAGUUAAUUGAGAAAUUAAACCUUUCAGCUAUUCAAGACAGAGAAAUCUGUUGCUAUUCUAUUUCCUGUAAAGAGAAGGAUAACAUCGACAUAACAUUGCAGUGGCUUAUUCAGCACUCCAAAUCAAGACACUGUUGAAGAAAACUUGACGAAGAUAACUCUUCUUUCCCAAUCACUUUGACUCCUAUCAGCUAUAUACAACUGAAAAGAUAAAAGAAUGCAGCUGCAUACUACCAGGACUCACUUUGGUCAUAUUUGUUAAUGGAAAUAAAACUAAACUAUUGCUUGUCUCUGCAUUUUGGUUCAGUUUUUUUUUUUUUAAAUCCAGAUAUUUGCCUAGAUGAAAUUCCUGAACGCCUUAAUACAAGAUGGAAAGAAAUUACUGCUUUUGGGGACUGAAUUGUUUGAGUUUAUGCAUGUGAAUUGUCAAAUAGUGUUUUUUGUUUGGUUGCUUUUUUUUCUAAUUUUAAACUGAAUAAACUGCACAGUGGAAACAGA